AUGUCAUCAUCUGAUAUAUCACUAACACUUGAGACAGUUCAUCAAUGGGCACGUUCUGGUCAUGAAUCAGAUAAAGUUUAUCGGUUUUUAUUUCUUCAUCCUGAAGAUUUAUUUACAAUUCCAAAAGGACGUAAAUGGUCAAUUGGACAUCAAAUAGUUUAUAAUGGAGAUGUUAAUCUUUUACAACGUAUUCUUGCACUUUUUUCUGAUGAUCAAAUUAAUAUUCAUACAUUAUCAAACGAUCAAAAAACUCUUCUUGAUGUUGCUAAAGAACGACGUGACCGUUAUAAUGACAUGUAUAUCUAUGUUGAACAUUUAUUUCUUCAAGAUGAUUUAAUUCAAGCAGCUAAAAAUAGUAAUUGGGAUUUAGUUAAACAUAUUCUUAGAAGAAAUCCUGAAUUAUCAAAUGAAAAACCUCCUUAUUCAACAAAUUUUCUUUUACAUUAUGUUAUACAAAAUGGUAAUAAAUCUAUAUUAGAAGAUUUACUUAAAAAUUAUCAAUUUCAAAUGAAUAUUGUUAGUGCACAAAAUGAAACAUUAAUAGAUAUGGCUAAAAGACUUGAAAAAACUGAUAUGUAUUCAAUACUUGAGCCCAUAAGACGUGAAGAAUUACGUUUAACUCCAACAAACAUUCGAUCAACAUCAUCAUUAUCAGCUAAUCAACAUAAAUUAUAUAAAACUCCGCUAACAUCUACUUUUAGCCUUCCUACACUUCCAUUACGUAGUUCUAAUUCUAAAUUACCAUAUCCAAUAGAAGAUCCAUUUCCUAGUGCAAUGUUUUCGAAUGUUUUACUUAAUCUUAAUGCAAGUGGUAAUUUUACAGUUACAACAUUAAAUAAAUUUAGUACAGUUCAUAUUCAACCAUCAAUAGUUGAAGAAAAACAACAACAACAACAAGAAAAAAUAAAUAUAAAAGAUACACAAGAUAAACAUAUUGGUUUGAUGAAAACUAUAUCGGAUCCAAAUGUCGAACAAACAGUUGUAUCACCAACAUCAAAUGCACAAUUAAAGAAAAAUUUAACAUGUUCUUUAACACAAGAAAUUUUUACUGAUCCUGUUAUUGCUAGUGAUGGUCAAACAUAUGAACGAGAAGCUAUUACAGAAUGGGUUAAUUUAUAUCAUUGUUCACCAAUGACAGGUGCACCAAUGACUACAAUAUUUAAAGAAAAUACUGAACUUAAACAAAUUAUUCAAUCAAUGAGACAACAGAAUUAA